GUAUAAGUUAGACAUGUCUUUCUUUUCUUGUAUAUUAUAUUUUAAACAUGUAUAUAAAACCACAUUCCUGGAGCUGUAAAAUCCAUACAGACACAAAUGACACAGUGACGGUGUGCUUACAGUACCUUCCUCUAAAAGUAUCACCCACUGUUGUCCCUUACUGUGACUUGUCUAACAGUGUUCAUCAGUAGCAAAUAAUGGUAGCUUUAAAUGAACAAAACAUACAUCAAAUUUCACAUAUGAAGACAUAGAUAAAAAGAAAAAUUAAAUCAGAAGAUGGUCCAGCUGAGAGAGAUUCAUCUGAUUCUGUGAGGACUUGUCCUGUAUAACUCAGGGCUUUUUGUCCUUGCAUUAAACAUGGGCCAAAGCUUCGCAUUAAAUUUGCAUUCAAUUUAGAUUUACAUUUGCAUUAAAUUUAUUUGGUGACCUUCCAGAAGACAUAAUACCACAGCAUAUCAGACAAGUGCAUUCAUUAACAUUUCUUGGAGCUAACACAUACGUUGCUAAAUAUGAAUGGCUGAGAAUAACCUCUGAUGAAAAUGUCUAGUACUACAUUGUGUUAAUAAAUUCACUUAAUCACAUGAUUAACAGCUUAUCUGCUUGAUGUGCAAGUAACUAUUGUUCUCUCUUUUGCAGGAAUGAACCUGGCCUGAAAUCAGGAAAGUGGCUGUAGGUUUUCUAAUGCCAGUUUUAUAGCCACUUUGUCCACUACAACAUAAAUUUCCAAUAAGAAGGUCUUCAAAAUGUUCCAUUAAAUAUUUGAGAUAAACUAAUGAGGAGUGUAUUGAUGACUGGACUAUUUUUGACAUCACUCUGACCUGUGGUAAAAUAAGCUCCAAGCUUUUGUUUUACCAGGUACCAAUGAUGUCAAAUGCCCUGCGCUGGGUAGUGCUGGUGGCCUUCAUCUCAUUGACGAUUUGUGGAAACAUGCUGGUUUGUCUUGCUGUGGCGACUAGCCGCCAUCUGCACCAGAUCAGUAGCUGUUUUAUAGUAUCACUGGCUGUGACAGACUUGCUGCUGGGCUUGCUGGUACUGCCCCUUUCUGCCAUGCUGGAACUACGCAAUGGGAGAUGGCCUCUCGGGGGAGUCCUUUGUAACAUCUACAUCUCUCUAGAUGUGAUGCUCUGCACUGCUUCCAUCCUCAAUCUCCUGGCCAUUAGUGUUGAUCGUUAUCUUGCCAUUUGCAGUCCUCUCUGCUAUCCCAGGAAAGUCACACCUUUACGGGUGGCAAUCACUCUAACAGCUAUCUGGAUGUGCUCUCUGGCUGUGUCCUUUGUGUCCAUUCACCUAGGCUGGAACACACCUGACUUCAGACUGCAGAAUCAGCACUGGGACAUGUGGGACGAGGGAGAGGAAGGCAGAACAUGCCGCUAUGAAUGGAAUAAUAACUAUGUGCUCCUGAAUGCAUUUGGAAGCUUUUACCUCCCUCUACUGGUCAUGUGCGGAAUGUAUCAUCGGAUAUUCUGUGUUGCACGUGAGCAGGUGCGCCGUAUCAGGGCAACCACUCCGUCCUUUGCUCAGUCUGCAUCUGCAGCCGCCACUGCGCGGGAACAUAAAGCUACAGUGACCCUGGCUGCGGUUCUUGGCGCUUUUGUAAUUUGUUGGUUCCCCUAUUUCACCUACUUCAUAUGCAUGGGCAUGUGGGCAGAGAAAACCCCAUCUAAUCUCCUCCACUCUGUUGUUCUUUGGUUGGGUUACCUCAACUCUGCACUGAACCCCAUCCUCUACCCGGCACUCAACAGGGAUUUCCGUCGGGCAUAUGGCCAGUUGCUUCGCUGCAGAGGUGCAAAUUAAGGGGAAGUUUUCUUUUUCCCUCCAUUCCAAAACAAACAGACUCUCAUCAUUCACAGGCAACAGAAUAACCCAAAACAAACAGACUCAUCUUAAACAAUAAGAAAAUUACGUGUUGGAUUUACUUAAAAUAUAUUUGUAUCAUUUUUACAUCAUGCUUUUUAAGUAAAUUCAACUUAUGGUCAUUUUAUUUAAGCAUAACUAGAAAAUCUUUGUUACAUAUACACAAAUGUAUCAGUUCAUUUAACUUUAUUUACUUGAAAGGUGUGUCACACGAAUAAGAUUUAACAACUUAUUGCAUCUUGUUUUAAAUUUAUUUUAAUAUUAUUGUUUCAACCUAAUUUAAUUAGAAAGAAAACAAUGACUAAGGUCAGUCAUUAAACGACUUAUUCCCCAAAGAAUUGCAGAUAAAGCUGCCUUUCAGCUUUGCACAUUCACAUGCGAAAGGUAAGAUUACGUAGAUUUAAAAAGAUACAACAUUAAUAAAAGGAAACACUAAUCACCCUAAUGGUUAUUUUACAAGAAACAACCAAUUACAGUAAAAUAACAUCAAUCAUAAAAAAAAGCUAAAAUAUCUAUGAAUUACUAAAAAUGAAUUAAAUUAAUACCCCAGUAAGUUCCUUUUGAUCAAACAAACAUGCUUAAAUUAUUCAAGCGCAAAGGCUUAUGGGUUUUUCCCCCACAACUUCAGUUCAAGUUAGAAGUACUUAAAAUUGCUUGGUCUGAAUGGGGAUGCGUCAAAUGUGAGCUCAUGUGAACACGGAGCUGCAUUCAACAUGGCAGCACUCAGCUGCUAGACUGUAUAACUGUGCUGCUCUUUGCAUUUCAUUCGGAUAUCUGCAAUACCACACAGAUAUAAAAGUAUUUUCUAUAAUACAACCAACAUACCUCUUAUGGAGAACAAUUCAUAGGUGAUUACUUCUACCACGAGAUUGAUGUUGAUAUACAAACACGGGAAGAACUACACAACCCAGCCAAAUGCAAAAAAAACAAAACAAAAAAAUACUAAUCCACUAACACAGAUGAUCUGAUUUCCACUGGCACUGAGGUUAGUGCAUUGAAUUCUAUCAAUAACAAAUUAGACAUACUUAGGAUUAUACAUCAAGAGAUAAAAGACCUACGAUCUAGCCUUGAAUUCGCCCACCAACAAAUCAACGAUCUACAUAGAGACAACAAAGAACUCCGAACUACCGUGCAAUCACUUUCCUCGCAAAUAGAGAUCAUGAAAAAAGAAAAUAAAGAAAUGAAAGAAAAUAUUCUAGACACUCAGGUGAGAAGCAUGUGAGACAACCUUAUAUUCUCGGGGACUCCUGAGAAUGACACUGAAAUGCCAGAAUCCACAAUUCAAAACUUAAUGCGCCGCAAACUGAAACUCCCGUUGACAUCAUCAAGAACCUUUACCUUUCACCGUGUGCAUCUUCUCGGCUCCCAACUGAAAAAUCGACCACUCGGCCAAUAAUCAUCAAGUUUGAACAUUAUAAAGGAUCUCGUGAAAAACAAAGGGAGGGAACUGAAGGGGACUGCCUUCAGACUCAAUGAC